GCGGCGCGGGCGGGGGAGACGCAGUCGCGCACACGCAUUGGCUACACGCGCUCUAGACAAAACCGUGUUCGAGUGACGUGGGAACGUGUGCGCGUUGAAUAUCUCUCCUAUAUACUAUCUGUCUUGAGAGAGAUUCACAUUUGUAACUUGUUUUUUAUUAUUAUUACUUGACGACAUUUUAAAAGCGUCAGUCCCCGAGACGAGCAAACCCCGCCAUUCUUUUCUUUGCUUGCUAACUCGUUUACAGUCCAUUUCUCUUGAUAUGCAAUUAUCUGUCCUCGUCUUCCUCUUUGGGAGCGCGACGGUCUUCAAACCGGAGACAAACUAAACUGGUUUUGUUUUAUAUAUCGGCAAUGACCAGAACUGACGCAAAGUAAGACUGCAUACAUACGAAGGGAUCACAGAGACCAACACAAGCUUCUCCAUUGUGGUCGACCUGUCAGAAGAGAAGCGGGGGAGUAAACGAGUGCAGGAAGAACAAAAGGAGUGUGCGAGGACAGUCGAUGGAUGCUGCCCGGAUUGAGGGGACAGCACAUUCUCAUCUGACGAGGAAAAGAAAGAUUUCAAAAUUGAGUCGAAGGACAGAAACUCGCCAUCAGGCAUGGUGUGUGAGAAGGGCAUUCAGAUCCUUCUCACCAUCGUGGGUGCUUUCGCAUCCUUUGGCCUGAUGACGGUGGCUAUCGGCACAGAUUAUUGGCUGUACUCGCGGGCGCUCAUCUGCAACAGCACCGCCAACAACUCACAAGAUGAUCCCCAUAAUAAAGACAAGAAGGACCCCGGGGCCUUGACGCACUCUGGCCUGUGGAGGAUCUGUUGUCUGGAGGGGGUGAAGCGUGGCGUGUGCUCCCAGAUCAACCACUUCCCAGAGGAUGCUGACUUUGAUCAUGAUGGAGCAGAAUACGUCCUGAGAGUGGUCCGGGCCUCCAACAUCUUUCCCAUUCUUAGUGCCAUCCUGCUGCUAAUGGGAGGGGUCUGUAUCGCAGCCAGUCGCUUCUACAAGAGCAAAAGGAAUAUCGUGCUGGGGGCUGGCAUUCUGUUUGUAGCAGCAGGCCUGAGUAACAUCAUCGGUGUGAUAGUGUACAUUUCUGCCGCUCUGGGUGACAUUUCCCCAAAGAAGGACGAGGAUAAGAAAUGGCAGUACUCCUACGGCUGGUCCUUCUACUUUGGUGGGCUGUCCUUCAUCCUGGCUGAGAUGGUGGGUGUGUUGGCGGUAAACAUCUACAUCGAGAAGAACAAGGAGCUCCGCUGUCGCUCUCGCACCGAUAUCUUUAAGAGCACCACUCACGCCAUGCUACGACUCCCGAGCUACCGCUUCCGCCGCAGAUCGCGUUCCAGCUCUCGAUCCACCGACCCUUCGCGCUCUCGAGACCCGUCCCCCGUGGGUGGUCCUCCGGGGGGUAAGAACUUCGGAAUGGCCCCGUCAGCUUUACUCUCCCAGGGGCCCAUCUCGGUGUCCACUCUUCCCAACCCCCACUCCCGCUCCGCUCUGCCAGGGGGUGAUAUUUCCCUUUACACCCUCUCCCGAGACCCCAAACUGGGUGGUUUAGGAGGGCUGGGCGCCCCUCCGCUGUACGGCACGGUGGACCGCGCCACACUAUACCAGCUGCACAACUGCUUCCCUAAAGAGAGCGGAGGGGGCGGAGGAGGCAUGAUGAUGAGUGGGACGCUGCCCUCGCUAAAAUCCCACAAUCCGUCAGUGGUCCAGAAUUCUUCCAACUCCAAUGUUCCGCUCGGCAACUCAGUCCCAUCCUCCCAGGCUCCACCUUUCUCCUCCUCUACGGUGGAGAGGGAACGAGGGAUGGGGACGCUGGAUAGGCUAGGGAAAGGUGACAGAGAGAGUAACUCCAACACGCUAAAUAGGAAAACUACACCAGUCUAGACAGAUCGAGGGUUGGAGUAGUUGAUAAAGUGCAAAAGCGAGAGAUAACUUAGAUGGAUAAAGACUGGGAAAACAACUAAAAAAAGAGGAUAACUCUCUCAGUAUUGAAAAAUGUUUCACUUUAUGAAAAAAUAAAGAGUAAAAGAAUGACAAACAUCUCAUAAUAACAACAACAUUCAUGUUUUUUUUUUUUUAGUACUGUUUUAUAACAUGUUGUUUAUUCUUAAUGAAACUAUAAUCAUGGGAUACUGUGAUGUUUAUUAUUUUGCUUGAUUUUAAAGACGUAGAAUUUCCAAGACGAUGAAGUGUUGUUGUUAUCAUGAGUACGUUUGAACUGCUAGCUCUACACAUUGAUAAAUGAUUCUAGUUUUUAAACUAGAAAGACGAGAUUUUGACUGUGAUUCAAAAACGUGAUACUGAGCACUGCAGAAACAUGAGUGUAUUGUGAGAAUGAGAUUAUUAUUAUUACAACUAACUUUGUGAGAAGCAUUUUAUUUAUUUUAAUGAAAGUUUUAUUUUCUACCCUUUGAUAACAUGCAAUUUAGUGUGUAAUAUCUGUAUAUCUGUCUUCCAGCUCAGUAAACAGAUCAGCACCAUAAUUGAUGGACUGAAGAGUUCAAAUGAAAAAGAUUUUUAUAUAAACCUACCAUCAUAUUAUUUUUGUUAAAAUCACUGUUAGCAGUAGAAGUAGCACUUGUUGAAUUGAAAAUCUUUGUUUUGGGGCAUUAAAACAUUCCCUCACUUAGUCGAAGAGGGACAGAUGAUAUAUUUGUAUAGAGAAAAUGGUGAAUGACAUUCAGAAAAUGACUUCUAUCCAAAACUGUGCUUUUCAAAUGGGCGGGGACAAUAAAGGACCAUUUGAAUUGUAAAUCGACAGGUCUGCAGUUGGAGGGAGGCUGAAAAAAAUACAUUUUGAAAUGCAAAUGUAUAUUACACAUUUGAAAAAAAAGAAAAAAAAAGAAAAAGACUUUAAAAUCCAGAGUACAGAUAUGUAUUGGAGAGGGCAGAAUGGGUGGGCGGGGCUUUUUUGAAUAUGUAUGAGGACACUGGUCUUCCUUGAGCUCUGAUUGGGCUACACUCUAUGUUGGGGCAUGCCCUGUGUCAUUUGUGUUUUCCCUCCAUUGUGUCAUGUGAUCAUGACAGUAUCCCAAAGGCAAAGCUCCCCUCCCAAAAAAAAAAAAAAAAAAACCCUUACAAAAAACAAAAACAAACGUUCACUGUGCUGCACCUGACUCCCUUUGACCCGUCUGCUUCUCUAAAUGAGAGAUUAUAUAUGUGGACAUUCUGCUAACCUUUAACCUUUAUUCCAUGAUCCCAGCCAACAAGAGGUCAACACAGGACAUUACAUAAUUGAGUGCAAAUGGGCAUCAAAUCACAAUCUCCUGUAAUCGGGGGUCUUUUUUAAUUCAUGAAAAAUGUGAAAAACUACACACAGACAGCAUUUAUGUGCUUAGUUAUAAAUAUUACGUAGUGGAGAAUAGAUAUAUCUAGAGAAAAUAUGGUUUAUCUUAAUGUGUGAUAAACUCUAACACUGUAUUGCACGGAUUUUAUAUAUAAAA